CUUUAAUUCCACCCGACUUUGGAAACAUAAAUGUAUGAUAUAAAUAGGGGGCAGGACACAAGGCUUAUCAGUAGUGUUCUGUGUGCCGCAGAGGAUACCUCAUAGACAUGAUGAAGCUGUUGGUAUGUCUGUCGAUGCUGGCCGGGUGCACCAUUGCACAGAGAAGGCUUGGACCUCCAGUACCUAUAGCUCCAGGCCAGUUCAUCCCUAUCGUCAGCUACGUCAACGAGAACAACUACGACGGGUCAUACAGAUACAGCUACGAGACAGGCAAUGGUAUCGCUGCUCAAGAGAAUGGUUUCCUGAAGAAUCCUGGACAGAAGGAUCUCGAAGCACAGACGGCUCAAGGAACCUACUCUUACACAGCCCCCGACGGUACCCCUAUCACUGUCACCUGGUACGCUGAUGAGACCGGAUUCCACGCAGAGGGUGCCCAUUUGCCUACACCCCCACCCAUCCCUGAGGCUAUCGCCAAGUCCCUAGCUCUCCAGGGUGGACCUGCCCCUCCAGGACCACCCAGGCCUUUCUUCCAGGGCAAGUAAAUCUGCCGAACCUCCCUUCGCCACAUCACCGGGACUCCUUCAGGAGCACUCAAAAUAAAGGAGCGCUCCUAGAAGGACUCUUUAUUUGUAAAUUUAUGCCGCUUCUUCUAAACAGGAGCCAGUUGAGAGUGAUAUUUUUAUUGUUAGCUAUUUAUAAGUUUUAUACUUUGAAAUAAAUUUAUAUUGAUAAUA